CUGACCUGGUUACCAUCUGUAGCAACAAGAAGCAAGCUUGACAUUUUUGGAACAUUCUCCCCAGAAGCUUAAUUCUUCCACCUCUGUGGCAUAUCAAUCCUGCUGAGCAAACUACACCGAGAAACAGAAGGAAGCUAAAGAUACGCUGCUUGAAGCAUGUUGUUAAGGUUACAAGGCUUGGGUUUUCCUCCCCCCCCCCCCCCCUUCCUUCUUUCAAACAAGCCACAUCUUGACUCAUAUGGUCUGAUGUGAAAACCCACUCAGCUAUUUGAUAGUUGGGAAAUCUAGAUGAGACUGUAAGUUAUUUCAAAGGAAGCCUGUUUAUGCUGUGAACUCUCUUUCACACACACGCACACACACACACGAGUUAGCUCUGCACUAUGGUAGUACAGACAGCUGUGACUCCGGGUAGGACCCGAAGACUUUUAUUCAAAAUACCAUAUGGAUCACUGAGGAGACGCAGUGUGGAAAGGAUGACGGAGGGCCGCAGAUGCCAAGUGCACCUGCUUGAUGACAGGAAGCUGGAGCUCCUCGUUCAGCCAAAGCUUUUGGCCAAGGAGUUGCUUGACUUGGUGGCAUCUCAUUUCAACCUGAAGGAGAAGGAGUACUUCGGAAUUGCAUUCACAGAUGAAACGGGACACUUGAACUGGCUUCAGCUGGACCGCCGGGUGCUGGAACAUGACUUCCCCAAAAAGUCAGGACCCGUUGUUUUGUACUUUUGUGUCAGGUUCUACAUUGAAAGCAUCUCCUAUCUAAAGGACAAUGCCACCAUUGAGCUGUUUUUCUUGAAUGCCAAGUCCUGCAUCUAUAAGGAACUCAUUGAGGUUGACAGUGAAGUGGUGUUUGAACUGGCUGCAUACAUCUUGCAGGAGGCAAAGGGAGAUUUUUCAAGCAAUGAAGUUGUAAGGAAUGAAUUAAAGAAGCUGCCGGCCCUGCCAACGCCAGCGCUGAAGGAGCAUCCUUCCCUCGCUUACUGUGAGGAUCGAGUCAUUGAACAUUACAAGAAGCUAAAUGGUCAGACAAGAGGUCAAGCAAUUGUGAAUUACAUGAGCAUUGUAGAAUCCCUCCCCACAUAUGGAGUGCAUUAUUACGCAGUAAAGGACAAGCAGGGAAUUCCUUGGUGGUUAGGACUUAGCUACAAGGGGAUUUUUCAAUAUGACUACCAUGACAAAGUGAAACCAAGAAAGAUCUUCCAAUGGAGGCAGCUGGAGAACCUCUAUUUCCGCGAGAAGAAGUUCUCGGUGGAGGUGCACGACCCGCGCAGGGCAUCUGUGACCAGGAGGACUUUUGGGCAUAGUGGCAUCGCUGUGCAUACGUGGUACGCCUGUCCAGCACUAAUAAAGUCUAUCUGGGCUAUGGCCAUUAGUCAACAUCAGUUUUACCUGGACAGAAAGCAAAGCAAGUCCAAGAUUCAUGCUGCAAGAAGCCUGAGUGAGAUCGCUAUUGACCUGACUGAAACUGGAACUCUCAAGACCUCAAAGCUGGCCAACAUGGGGAGUAAAGGCAAAAUUAUCAGCGGCAGCAGCGGGAGUCUUCUGUCAUCAGGUUCCCAAGAGUCAGAUAGUUCUCAGUCUGCCAAGAAAGACAUGCUGGCUGCACUGAAAUCCAGGCAAGAAGCAUUGGAAGAGACACUGCGCCAACGCUUGGAUGAGCUAAAGAAACUCUGUCUCCGAGAAGCGGAGCUCACAGGAAAGCUGCCUCGAGAAUACCCCCUAGAUCCUGGGGAGGAGCCACCUAUUGUAAGGAGAAGAAUAGGAACUGCCUUUAAACUGGAUGAGCAGAAAAUCCUGCCUAAGGGAGAGGAGGCAGAGCUGGAGCGCCUGGAGAGGGAGUUUGCCAUUCAGUCCCAGAUCACAGAGGCUGCCCGGCGCCUGGCGAGUGACCCGAACGUCAGCAAAAAGCUGAAGAAACAGAGGAAGACAUCUUACUUGAACGCACUGAAGAAACUGCAGGAGAUCGAAAAUGCCAUCAAUGAGUAUCGCAUUAAAUCUGGAAAGAAGCCAACCCAGAGAGCCUCCCUGAUCAUAGAUGAAGGAAACAUUGCCAGUGAAGACAGCUCCCUCUCGGAUGCCCUUGUUCUCGAGGAUGAGGAUUCUCAGGUCACCAGCACAAUAUCCCCUCUCCAGUCCCCACACAAAGGACUCCCUCCCCGGCCACCCUUGCACAACAGGCCUCCUCCUCCGCAGUCACUGGAAGGCCUCCGCCAAAUGCAUUACCACCGCAACGACUACGACAAGUCCCCCAUCAAACCCAAGAUGUGGAGCGAGUCAUCCUUGGAUGAGCCCUAUGAGAAGGUCAAGAAACGCUCCUCACACAGUCAUUCCAGCAGUCACAAGCGGUUCCCCAGCACUGGGAGCUGUGCUGAGGCAGGAGGGAGCAGCUCACUGCAGAACAGCCCCAUCCGGAGCCUUCCCCACUGGAACUCCCAGUCCAGCAUGCCAUCGACGCCGGAUCUACGGGUACGCAGUCCGCACUACGUCCACUCCACGCGGUCAGUAGACAUCAGCCCAACCAGACUGCACAGCUUAGCUCAGCACUUUAGACAUCGGAGCUCCAGUUUGGAGUCGCAAGGCAAGCUCCUCGGCUCAGAAAAUGAGACAGGGAGCCCUGAUUUCUACACCCCAAGGACUCGUAGCAGUAAUGGCUCUGACCCCAUGGACGACUGCUCUUCCUGCACCAGCCAUUCUAGCUCUGAACACUACUACCCCGCGCAGAUGAACCCCAACUACUCCACCCUGGCAGAGGACUCCCCGUCGAAAGCCAGAGAGCGGCAGAGGCAAAGGCACAAAUCAGCAGGCAACCUGGUCUCUUCCAAUUCUGGGAGCAUGCCCAACCUGGCUGCGAGGAACGGGACUGGACACCACCGUGUCUACCUGCACAGCCAGAGCCAGCCCUCCUCCCAGUACAGGAUCAAAGAGUAUCCCCUAUACAUUGAGGGCAGCUCCACACCCGUGGUGGUGCGGAGCCUGGAGAAUGACCAGGAGGGACACUACAGCGUGAAAGCACAAUUCAAAACCUCCAACUCCUACACAGCGGGGGGGAUGUUUAAGGAGAACUGGCACGGGGAUGAAGUGGACUCCGUCAGGCUCACCCCCUCCCGCUCACAAAUCAUAAGGACUCCAUCUCUGGGCAGGGAGGGCCACGAGAAAGGCUCGGGUAGGACUGCCGUGUCGGACGAGCUGCGGCUCUGGUACCAGCGGUCCACGGCCUCCCACAAGGAGCACAGCCGCCUUUCGCACACGAGCUCCACCUCCUCGGACAGCAGCUCCCAGUACAGCACAUCUUCGCAAAGCACCUUUGUGGCACACAGCCGGGUCACAAGAAUGCCUCAGAUGUGUAAAGCAACAUCAGCUGCCUUACCUCACAGCCAGAGGAGUUCAACACCAUCAAGUGAACUAGCAGCCACGCCGCCGGGCAGCCCCCACCACAUUCUCGCAUGGCAGACUGGAGAAGCAACAGACAACUCACCCACUAUGGAUGAGUCUCAGUCUCCAACCCACCAAAGUACUGAUGAAUAGAGGAGCUACAACGAUAGCUGUUUCCUGGAUUCUCCCCUCUAUCCAGAAUUAGCAGAUGUCCAGUGGUAUGGGCAGGAAAAAGCCAAGCCUGGGACUCUAGUGUGAACCCCUGACCUCAAGUGAAUCACAUCAAUGCCAUUCUGAGAUCACCUCACUGCCUCUCAUUUGCCUUACCCAGAUGCACUGUCACCCAGCACCAGCUUCAACUCUAAGCACUUUUCUCACGAUGCAAUUCAAGACAACAUUUACAGAACACUGGCCCCGAGACAUCCACCACGACGGCCGCGGCACAUCCCACUGCCAGACAGGUGUGUGCCCCUCCCACGGGGCAGCGGGUGCAGAUGAGCAGCCACCUUAACAGUCAGCCAGCAAUUUCGAAAUCGAUUUUCCUUUGAAACGAUGGAAGCCCUUCAAGGCUUACAGCAAAUCUUACUGCUGUGCGGCAAGUAACAGCAGUAAGAUUUCCAUGACCUGCGAUCUGAAGCCAACAGAGAAUUGGUUUAAAGUGGGGAGGGAAGGGGGGUAAAAACGGGACAGAGGCUGAGAAAUAAUCCUGAAAGUGCAUUUGUUAUGAAACACUAAAAUCCCAUCACUUCAAAGAUGUGUCAGAACCUCACCAUCAGAUCUGCGCCGCCAAAGAUCACCACACCAAUGUCGUCAGGAUGAGUUUGCUCAGCAAGUUCUAGCUACAAAACAUCUCUCUCAUUUAACUCAAUGGCAGACACGACCACCUCCUGUAAAACAGUAUUUCCUUCUUUGCUUUGAGCCCACCUACACCCAAGUAAAAUAACCCAAUGUGCUGAAGACACUGGAGGUCUGGGCUGGUAUCACAGCAUCGCUGUCUACAAGCUACUGUUAAACUGGACAAACAAGGUUUCCAAAGGCAUUAUCUAAAGCAGAGGCAAGUACUGCUACUCACAGCAUCUCUGUGGCUGGCAGAGGUUGCACACCAAUACAUAGAGAGGUUGGGGUUGUGUUGGUUGUUUUUUAAUACUCUGAUGAAGAUAAAAAUCGCCAAAAAACCUUUCUACAAACAGAGCCAAUAAAUUCUAAUCAAUUUCUGCACAAAGCAUUAAGGUGAAAUCAAAGGGAAAGCACAUCGCAAUCUAAUUGACAAGGUGAAGCUGCUUUAACAUAUCUGUUCCACUCAUCUUCCCUUCGUUAGCACCAGUGUAGCAAAGGGCUUGUCACCGGCGUAAGCUGUGUGGGAGAACCAGUCUGUCAGGAAACAGGAAGGCUCCACAGCGGGGUUGAACAACCAGCAGAUGAGGCAAGUUUUCCCAUUGCAAGAAACGACCACAAGAAGGAGAAGCAACUGAAGCAGGUGUUUAACACAAGUGAGAGCUGCCUGCUGAUACCAAAAGUAAUCAUACGAGAGUGUCAUGGAAGGAGCUGCAAGUUUACACAUACCUUUGAGCAAUGCUUUAUACAUGUCAAGCCAUGGAACUUUAAAAGGCCUCAAAGACACUUUUGUAACGAACAAGUGCACAAUCUAGGUGGAUGUUGAAGCUGGCACAUCUAGUCUUCAUUGCGGUGCUAUGCUGUUUUUAUUGCCACUAGAUGGGGGGAGGUACUCGGCCUUCCCCCGUUUGUGCGUGCAAAUGAUGAUUUCCUAUGGGAAAGGCAUUAAAAGAAACGGCUGGAGGGGGUUACUUUGUGAAAAGCAGAAACUGAAGUUAGCUUUAGUUUAAGAAAAAAAAAAAAAAAAAAGGAAAAAAGUGCGAGUGUGCGUGCGUGUGUGUGUGUGUUCCAGGAAUAACAAUAGCGUCUACCAGACAAAGUAGGGCGAAACGUUUAAAAUUAAACACCGCAACUUGGGGGGCUGCCACACCUUUUGGUAUUAAGAUUGCUGGAAAACUGCAUUCCAGGCUUUAAAAGAGAAUGGGUUCUGCAUAAUUCGGCUUGGAAAGAUGAUGGGGUUUCUAAAAAUUAAUGCAAGCGCCUCCUGCAAAUACCUUUUUGCAGCACAUACUGGUGUUCGCUCCGGUUCUCUGCGCCUGCCUGCUGUGUUCACACGUGAAGCAUAAAUGAAUUAUCCCUCUGGGAAGAGGGGAAAAAAAAAAAAAAAGCAGCAUACUUUUUUUUACACUGGGGAGGGGGUUUUAAACGCCCUCCACCAAGGAUCACGGCAGGAGUACAACCCCCUGCGGCAGUCACCGGAGCCUCGUCACAGAGUGCUGGAAGGACAGACAGCAGUGAGACUGCACCCUUGAUCUGGAUGUGCACAAUGUGGUUCUCACCAUCUCUUUGUGCUUUGGGGUCUUUAACAUGGGAAUUAUUUCAAGCUCCUAAUUGGAUUUUUAGCUGGAUAAGAGAUAGCACUGAUUAGUGACACUUACUGAUAAGAUUCAGUAGCUAAAGUGAAAGGAUUAAAUAAGGUUCAAAUUAAGCAGCAGCAAGUAAUUUAGCCCACGGAUUUUUAGGGGCUCUGAGCAACUGUCUGUUUUCUUUUUAAUUUCCCUGGUAAGUGGUUUUGGGUUGGUUUUUUUUCCCGUGUACCUUCUUUUAAUUAAAAAGAAUUCAACAACAGCGGCACUAUGAGGCCUCUGGGCACUACAGGAAGAAACAUUAAUUCCUCCAAGACCAGAUCUGCAGUUUUGCAGCAAAGGUUAAAAGGUGGCAGCCCUGAAAUUAGGAAAAAAGAAAAUAAUUUUUAAAAAUAAAUGGUUAGCCUGAAUUGCAAACAGGCUGGAGUAGAGAAAAAGCUUUCUAGAAAUGGAUUGAGUUUUGCUUUGUGUUCUGCUUUUCUGUUUUGCAAUCAAGGCACACGUGAGCAGCCAGUCUGGUAGUAAAGACAGAUUAAGUAAAACAGGUUUUACUGUUUAGCUCAAUUCAAUUAAACACAAAUGUACAUAAAAUGUUAAUCAUAUGAGAUUAACAUAUUUAAGUAUAACGCGGAGGGGUAUAUACAUAGCUAUUAUAUACAAGCACUUGACUACCAACUUAACCCCUCCUUUACUUUUUUAUUUUUCAAGGCUCCAUCUGACAUAAAGCCACAAUUGCGUUCUUAGUCUACAUGUCUGACGCUCCCUCUGUUUAGCCAGGAGCCAGGUGUACGGUCCAUGCACCGGGCUGUGCUGGGAGGCAGGGUUUAUUUUUAAAUGAUAUUAUAUGCAGUUGAGUGUUGAAAAUGUUGAAACAGUCCAAUUUGUUUUCACUCUGUAUUAGUUUUAGUUUCAGGCAUAGCCGAUCCCCAUUCAGGUGCUAUCAGAUGACCAGUUACUGCUUAGUUAACUAGAUGUAAAGUUUUACAUAUAUAUUAAUGUCAAUAGUUUUAUUACAAGUUGUGUAAAAUGGACUCUCUAGUUUAAAAAAAGAAAAAAAAAAAAAGGAAGAAAAAAAUUAGGUCUCUCCUGAAAUUGACUUUAGAGCAUGGAAGAUGAUUUUACUGGAUUCUGUUCAACUGUAAUCAAGGAAAAAAUAUGUAUGUUGUAGAAAAAGUUGCAGAAUUAAAAAAGAUCUGCUUUUAAUUUAUUCUUUUUGUAUUAAGAAUUUGUAUAGUUACCUUUACAUUUUGCAAAACGGUGUUGUCAACACUUCCUUAUUAAAGCAUUUUCAAAA